AUGGUGCGGCAUGCGCGAGCUCCCGAAAGGCCUCCUCCAAUUGGGGAGGCAUCAGAUUCCAUUGUUCCGCAGGGAGAUUCGGUGUCUCAGGACUGGCGGUGGCUUGCUCUACGUUGUGAACGCCGCCUAAAUGCCUCCAUGCAACAGCGCUCCGCCAAACAGGCGAAAAUUGCAGACACGUUAGGGCACUCACUGGACGUCAAGCAGUUCUCCUGUUUCGUGCCUAGGACUGUGCUGGAGGCCAUUGCGGACAGACGCAUCAGGUAUUCGGACGACUUCGAGGUGCAAGUCGAACGGUUUACAGCUGCCGUCGUCUUCUGCGACGCCAGUGGCUUCACAGCUCUAACGGAGGCACUGGACACGCAACCCAAUGGAGCGGAGCGACUUGGCGGCAUUAUCAAUCAGUUUUUCGACAAGAUCAUUCGAAUUGUGCACUUUUGGGGAGGUGAUAUUAUCAAGUUUAGUGGCGAUGCGCUGACAAUAGUGUGGCCAGUAGACGAUGAAGAGAAUGAAGGAGAGAAUGCAGGCGCUACAGAAGACGACGAAUACAGGGUCGAUGCCAGGCAGGCCUGCUUAAUGGCGGCUAAGUGCUGCAUGAACCUGCAUCAGUCUCUUCAUAAGUACCCCACAGGUUUCGCAGGGAAGACGCUGACACUUCACAUUGGAGCCGGAUUCGGCCUUGUCACCAUUCUUCAGGUUGGUGGCAUCAUGGACCGGUGGGAGUAUGUGGUGGCGGGAGCUCCCCUUGAGGAGAUUUCGAUCGCGGAGCCCCUCGCCAGCACAGGGGAGACGGUGGUUUCUCCAACAAUGGCGGCUGCAAUGCAUGGUGUUGCUUCCCUUGAGCCUGUCAAGGACUCCCCACCUGGCCGCCAGUUCUACCGGCUUUUGCCUCACGCAGAUGACUUACUUCGUUUAGAGCAGGAGAGAAGGCGCGGCAGCCACUUUAGUGGAACAGAGGCCCAAGAUAACGAAGAGGAAGAGGAGGAUUUAGCUGCUAUUCAUAAGCUCGCCGACUGGCAUGUGGAUCCUCCGCCGCCGUUAGCUGCUAUUGAAGUAGAUGCUGACGAUGUCGAUCUCCUACGAAGAUACAUCCCGCCUGCCGUUUUCAGACGACUUAAGUCCGGCUGCAACGUCUUUCUAAACGAGCUGCGAAUCGUGUCUGUUAUGUUCAUUUGUGUUCGUGGACUUGACGUGUCCUCCCCAACUGGCAGCCAGAUUGCCCAUAAGCUUAUGAAGAUAACUCAGAGGGCAGCGUAUACAAUGGAAGGAUCCGUCAACAAGUUCUUAGUGGAUGACAAGGGCGUAUUGCUUCUCGUCAUGUUUGGCUUGCCACCCGUGUACCAUUUGGACGACCCCGUCAGAGCCAUUAUGGCAGGACUGCGGGUGAUCGACAGCAUGAAGGUUCUUGGACUUGAUGCAGGCAUCGGGAUUACCAGCGGCCGCGUCUGGUGUGGUACCGUGGGUAACGACCUGCGGAAGGAGUACACAGCCCUCGGAGACUUUGUCAAUUUGGCCGCUCGACUGAUGGCCAAGGCAGGGCCUCGCGAGAUCUACGUUGAUGCCAACACGCACCGCUCGGCUGAGCAUGCCAUGGAGUUCAAGCAGCUGCCGAGUAUGUUGGUCAAGGGGAAAGAAAAUCCCAUCGAGGUUUAUAUGCCAACUGGCGCUCUUAUUCACAAGCCUCAGACAGGCCCCGAGCUGGGGCCACUGCUGUCUUGGCCAGGAUGGCCAUGCCGGAACCAGCUUCAGAGUAUUUUAGAGCCAUCUACGAUGUAUAAGAAGCAAGGACGCGCUGUCAGGCCCCCCUUGGAUUACCAGGUGCCUUGUGGACCGGUCUUUGCUCAUGAGUGGUACGAGCCGUACAUGCCGCAGCUGCAACCGCUACUGGAAGUAGGCGGAGUGAUGGUCAUCAGGGGCCGGGAAGGGCUUGGUGCAAAAGAGCUCGGAGACUAUCUCCGGGAUUUCUGUGCUAAAAAGUCGAAGCGUCAAAUGUUUUGCAUCAGCAACAUGCCAGACUCUCCUAAUCUCAAUAUCGGCAAUGUUCCACUCCUCGCUUGGAGGAAACUCUGCACAGAAAUGGUCGAACGUUGGCGCGUUAGCGACAACCGCGAGAAAAAGGGGUAUUCCAAGAUUGACCGCGACAACUCCGUUUAUGGCCUAACGAAAGAACUCAUUCACCCUUCUUUCCACUGGCGCCUCGAAGAGAUGAAGCCUGUUGUGCACGGCCUAGUGCUGCCACACGAGCUACUUGAGAACCAGCGGCUUGCGAAGGAGCGCCGCAAGUGCAUCAAGCGUCUCCGCAAGCAGGGAUACACGCCCAUGUCUCCCACUCUGGCGCUGCUGCACAAACCGGCAGAUUGGGUCGAAGAAGCUGGCAGGCAUGACACUCAUUCGUCAGACAGCGACGAUCAAACGCCAAGGCUAUAUGAGCCAAGUGGCGAGUCAAUCGCCCCUAUUAUUGCGUCCCUGGUGAACGGAUUUUCCCUCUUCGAAAGCUCCAUUGUGGUCUUGCACGUCCGUACUGGCACUAGUGUCUUCGCAGAGAUGGACCGUGACAGCUGGCGCGUGGCCCGUCUUGUCGCGCGUGUAUCCCUUGUGCGCCGCCAGCACCGUCUGGACGACGAUCUGCGUAAUUUGAAGGAAUGGCGAUGCAAGCAUUCGCGGAAGUGCUGGUGGUGCAAAGGAUAUCGUGCUGCAACUGUCGUCGAUAGCAGUGGGAAGGAGGUCUCUGUUCAGUCCACCAGCUUGUGCAAGCCCCUGCCAUCGCAGUUCUAUCAGCCCCUGGUCUUUGUCCUCAUCUGCAGCGACACCACGGACUCUGUUCCCGAACAACAGCAACUCGUGCAAAUGGCUAAGGAAAACAAUGCCUAUAUCGAGCUUCGUAAACUGACUGAGGAGGAGACCGCCAGCUUUUUGGCUCAUUGUCUACACAUCAAUCGCAAGUGUCUUGGCCAAGAACUCGUGCGCUAUGUUCAUCGUGUCUCUGCAGGUAUUCCCAAAUACAUCUAUUUGACGGCAAAGCAGUUGGUAGCGGAUGGGCACGUAGUGCUGAAGGAGCGGAAGAGGAAGCACCGUGCGUGUAACGAGCUUCUAAGGGAAAACACGCGAAGCUUCGAAUUGCGGUAUAGACGGUUGUUACUCAAUCGUAUGGGCAAGCAGCGUCAGGACCUGCAACAAGAAUACGAGGCACCCUCGACCACGCCUUUGACCCCCAGGAACGGCGGAGCGUUGCAGGAGGCAACCACUGGUUCUGCAGCCCUUGACACUGUUUCCAGUGACGAAGACGACACAGAGGUGCGGUACGUUGACGAUGAAGUCAUUGUGGCUGUCAUUGCUCUACUUGAAAAGCUUAACCAGCAACGGAUAUCCCUAGGCCUCGAGCCGGACGAAGUCUUCAUUCCCACGGCUUCCUCGGAAGCAGAACAAGGGGAUUGGCGCACUCAGGCACAGUACGACGUAUUGGCCCCUGACCGUCUGCCCCCGGAUGCUGCGGCUCUUGAGCUCAUGCCGCCUCCAGUCUCGAUGCUGAGUGCAGUGUGUCUGCCACCGGAUGAGGACGAAAAUGGGGAGCCUGUACGUUCGCCCUUCUAUUUGGCCGAGUACUUCCGUCGGCGGCUCUUGGACUGGGUUCCCAAGGAUCCUUCGAAUACACACGAUGAAAAAGCGUCAACAGACCGGAGGGAGAUAGGCAGCGAGCACGAAGCACAGCCUCUGGCUCGGCGCUUCGCCUCAAGACGACACAGGAAAACCAAGGCACUUGGUGGAGGAGGGGGGCACGGUCGUAUGGGGCUGCAGGAGCAAAUGAGUCAAGAAGAUAUGCGCCGCAUUCGUAGGGGGAAGUUGACAGACGCAGAAUUCGCGUUGCUUUGCUUUAGACCCUCGUGGAUGGCUCUGAACGUUGAAGACCUCGCCACUUUGAGGAGGAGUCGCCGUCGGCGCGUAGCGCAGGCAAAGCACGUGGAGUGGGAUAGUGACGCUGAUGAACCGAUAGUGAACCAGGAGGAGUCUGGAGAGGGAGGGUGGGGUAUCACGCGGUACAGUGAGGCGCGAGUCGUCUCGGACUUGAACUCUCUGCCAUUCGUUCCUCAACUCGUAGCUACAUGCAUGUUUACCGUGGAGAGGCUCCUACCUGAGGAACAGAUGAUGGCGAAAGUGGCUUCCGUUUUCCCGGUGGCAUUCAGGCCGACAGAACUCCGUACAGCGUAUCCACGCCGAAUGCUUUCCAACGAUUUCUUUGAACUCGUAUAUCAGCUCAUCAUCAAGGACGUCUUGGAAGUUUGCGAACCAACCUCUCAAGCAGAAGAGCAGGCGCUUAGCCACUUCAUUGGAGCACCCGCAGUGAAGCCAGGCGCGCACCACCCUGCCAUAACUGUGUCCGUAACUCCAGCGCACGGGACAAAUGGAUCAGCAGAGGAGGAGACUGCAGUCGCAUCAACGGCAGCGGGCAACUUACAGGAUGUAUCUGGGGGAACAGAUCGCCACUUGCUGGUAGUAGGAGACGCGGCACACAGCAGCGCACUGGAAGAUACUCCAUUUCCAGGACUGGCCCCAGGCCAUGAGCGCCGGCCUAGCGUCAUGAAGGCGGGAGGCAUCUUGACUCCCGCCGCAGUGGCCACCGUGGGGAAUGCCAGUGUUCCCCCUCAGCAAAAUGAGGCCUCCUCGGAAAUCAGAGCAAAUUCUACCCCAGUGAGCACCUUUGAAGCCGACCUGACCUCAGGAUGCGCAGCCGGUGCUCCUUGGGCUUCUGUUCUUGCAACAGCAGACGGAAAGGAGGCGUACCUGCGCUUCACCAGCACUGCCUUGCAGAGGGUUGUUUCGGAUCUUCUGCUGUCUGAUGAACGCAAGUGGCUAAGCUUGGUCUGCCGUCGGGCGCUGGCGCAGCGUUUUAUUACUGCGGCUGGCCCAAUUAGCCACAGCAAGGAGUUGAGCGUCUCUUCCCCGCGUGCAGCAAGGAGCAAUAAAUCUUCUGCGGCUGACCACAUGGAGGGCGAAAGUGAGGGGGCUAUGCCGGAGUCGCUAAUGAGGGACGUCUUGCAUGCUGAAAGGGAGCAGCAGAAUCGCGCGUCCGGUAUAGUUCGCCUGACCAUACCCACGGGGAACCUGGAACAGCCGGACGAAGGAGAGCCUUCAGGGGAAGAAGCAGAGGCAGACAGUGGCGCAGAAGCAGGAGAGGCCAGACAGGAAGCUCUAAAUCCAUAA